GAGGGAACCUAAGGUCUGAUUUAAGAAAGAUCUGCAGGUAAAAGUGGUUUUAGUCUUUGCAGGAGCAGCUGCAAGGCCUACGCUUCUGUUCUGACGUGACCUCCAGGGGGCGCUGUUGAUGAUGCAGUUUAAGUUAUUGCAGCUUGUAGAUCAGUUGAUAAGGAAUAGUUCAAGUUGCGUUUAUGAAAAUAAAACCUGACGUUUCUGCUGAAGUUGAAAGAGUCUUGAGACAAAACCAGCAGAGGGAAGGGGAAGAAGACGGAAGGAGGAGGUUCAAACCACCAGCCAGUUCUGCAUUAGACGUUGCAACAGAGUGACAGCAGGAAGCACAUAUGACACCCUCAACGUCUUUCUCCUUCACUGUGACACCCCAGAGCAGAAGGAGGAGAGGCGAGAGGCGGCGCGCCGUCGAAGGAGCACAGGGGAGCCCGGAGCUGUCAGACCUGGGUCCACCGGAGAGCUUUCAAAAGUAAAACACAGAAAAGGGAGAACCAGAGGAGAACCAGAGGAGGAAAAGGCUAAACCCAAGGUUAAAGAAGUAGGGUCAGAAAGAAGAGACAUCUACCGGGACGAGAACGUCGAUGGUACCGACACAUCUGAGCAGGACCGGAGGCCGCGAGGAGGGAAGGAGGUGAAGGAAGCCAAGGAGACAAGGAGACAUAAGGAAGGUGGAGCAGCAGGUGGAGUCGUGAUGGAGGAGGACAUCAGGAAGCAGGGGAUGCUCUUCCUCCAGCAGCAGCGCUUUGGGAAGAAGUGGAAGCGGGUCUGGUGCGUCCUGUACCGGGAAAGUUCCUGCUCCAUCUCCAGGCUGGAGUUCUUUGAGUGUAAAGAUGCCGGGAACGUGGAGAGGAACGACAAGACGCUGCGCAAGCAGCAGGAGAACAAGAAGGUGAUCCGUCUGGCGGACUGCAUCCGGGUCUCAGAGGUGGACAUGGACGGAUGUCCCAGAGAUACGGGCUCCUUCCUGGUGGAGACCACCGAGAAGAUCUUUGUGUUCGCCGCAGACAGACACCAGCUGGAAGACUGGACCCACAAGCUGUGUGAGAUCGCCUUCCCUAUGAGCUGGACAGAAGGUGGAGCAAAGCGAGGAAGUCUGCAGAGAGGAAACAGGGUGGAAGAGGACGAAGGGAUGGAGGACAACUCGCUUUACAGCGGCAGAGAAACAGGUAGACCUUAGUGUCCGUGUCACUGGA